AUGACAAGUACCCCGGCUGAGUUCGAACAUGUAACGCCAAACAUAAGUGAACUGGUAUCUGGAGGUGCAGAUGUGUGGACACCGGAAAUAGUUACCACGGUAACCACAGUGAUGUUUAUACUUGUGGUAACGCUGGUCGGUAACGGUUUGAUGAUUGUGCUUCUUUUGUGUAAGCGAAGUAGACGAGUUAAAAGAGUCAACAUCUUCAUGACAAACUUAGCCAUUGGAGAUUUGGCUGUUGCGUGCAUUACCAUGACAACAGAAAUUCUAUUUGUAGCAUUUGGUGAGUGGGUGCUUGGUCCUGUGUUAUGUAAACUGACCGUUUAUCUUCAAGUGGUUACUCUGGCUAGUGCAACAUUCCUCCUUACCGGCAUGAGUAUCGACCGUUAUCAAGUCAUCGUUCGCCCUAUGCAAUCACUUGCAAAGCGACCAAAGAUAUGGACUAAAGUUGCGCUCGCAUGGACACUGGCAUUGAUAUUUGCUGUGCCACAACUUUUUAUUUUCAAGGAAGAACGCGUGGUGAGAAGUGACGGUUCAAGCAAACUGAAAUGUUUAAGCCAUGGAUACGACCAUCCGUGGCAGCGUAAGUUAUACUUCACGUUCUUUUCAUCGUACGUGUUGCUUGUUCCGUGUAUUCUUAUGUUUUACUGCUAUUAUAAUAUAGCCAAAGUCGUCUGGAGUCGAGGCUCCAGUAUAAGGGGAAGUAACUCAUCACCAAGAAUGUCAGGAAAACGUAACCUUAUAUCGGCAUCACGAAUGCGCGUUGUAACAAUGACUUUGACCGUGAUUAUCGGAUUCUUGGUCUGCAUGAUGCCAUAUUUCGCAAUUUCUUUAAUACGUAUUUAUAGUGAUUACAGAUUCCAACUGAAACAAGCUCUAAAAGUGUCUGAAAUUAUUUUUAUGGUUCAUAGUGCUGUGAACCCUGUGUUUUACGCCAUAUUUACAAUGCAUCAAUGCCGUUGUAACAAAUUAUGUUGUCCCUGUAGAAGAAGGAACGUCAAGCUCAACUUAACUUCCAGUGGGAGCCGGAACAGCAGCAAUUAUAUGGCAACAUUCCAUUCCUCAGGUUCAUAUGGAAACAAAGUUAUCAUAGCGAAACGUUUGAUGAAUGCAGAAAAGCCACGAACGAGAAAGGAAACUGGGCAUUCUACUGGAACGAUACCGGGAACUUAUGUGAGGGAAACAAAAGUCAACUAUCGAUUUGAAAUUGGCAUCAACGUGGAAGAACGCAAGUGUAACGAGCCUAGUGUGGAAUAUUGUUACGUACAAUGUACAGACAAAGCUUCAUUUAUUUAA